AUGACCUCUUCCCCCAUCCGGCCAGGCGCAAGCCUGGAGGAAGCACUAGACUAUUACAAGCGACAAUACGAACAGCUGGAGACCGACCUCGCCGAGUUCCAAGCUAGCAGCAAGGAGCUCGAAGAGCAGCUCGAGCGCGACAUCGAGAAUGCGGAGAAGAGCGAGCGCAAGCUCCGGGAGCAACUCGAGAAACUGACCUUCGAGGUGGAGGAGUGGAAGACGAAGCACAAGCAGGCCAAAGCCGAGGCAAACAGUGCCCAGAAUGCUUUGCAGAAGGAGAUCACAACCAUACGGGAGAGCAAUCGCGCCAUGCAACUCAAGCUACGCGACAUCGAAGUGGUGAACGACGAUUACGAACGCCAGGCUCGAAACACGGAGUCGAGUCUGGAAGACCUGGAGAGCAAGUGCAACGUCGCCAUUGAGCGCGGAGUGUUGCUGGAGGAGGAGGUCCGAUCCGGGGAGCAAGAACGGGAGGCGUUGAGGAUAGAGACACAACGGCUUCGCGACGAGCUAUCGGAGCUGAAGGUGGAGAGUGAAAUCACGCAGGAGAAGCUCCGCCUAGCUGAUGCGACCGUCGAACGACUGCGUUCGCGGAAACCGAGCCCAUCGACUGUCGAGAACUUGCGCACCAGAAGUCCUGGUAGUGAGGUCAGCCGUGUUACGCCUUCUUCACCCUCGGCAUCCACGCCUCCGCCCAAGUCAGACACUGCUUCGGAAGCACUCACGCCUCCAUCGCCCGCGCUCUCCGACGCCCUAGUGAACGGAAGAGCGGAUCCUAAACCUCCGAUACGCCGAUCUGCCCUUCCGGACACGAGUGCGCCACCACGUCCAGUGCUCAACGGGCCUCGAGCGCAACUGAGGCAGUCCAGAGGGCCGUCAGCGACGUUCAAUCAUGCUACAACGAAUGACCCCAGGGCGAUGAGACCGCCGCCGUCAAGACCACGGCCUGUACCCCGCCCUAGCAAUGUCGCCUCCGAGGGCCUCCCUCGCUCCGACUCACUCUACCAAAUCCGAAAUCUCCGCGGUCGUAUGCAGAAGAUUGAGGAGCGCGUGCAAUCCGCUCGCGCAAAGCUGCCCCCGCCGAAGAACAUCACGCCAAAGGGCUCGCCGCGCAGCACCAGCUCCGCCCUAGGCGACAACCUACCAACAUCCAUCACAAUGCGCAGAAGCAUCCGCCAGCCGAGCAGCAACCUUGAUUCGCAAGCGGACGGCGCAUCUUCCGAUGUGACUGGCGCGUCCGACACCCCAAGCAGACGCCAACGACAGAGCUACGCCAAACGGCCGUCGUUCGGCUUCCCUCGCCCACCGUCCGCUGCAUCAGACCGACCAGUUUCCGCCCACGAUCGCCCUCCUUCAGCAGCGAAUGUACGGCCUGCCAGCCGUGUGAGCAUGGCAUCUAGUUCAUCAGCACUCAACAAUCGCCCGGGCAGUAGAACAGGAGCUCACACGCCGAUGAGUCCGCCACAGCACCGGCGCACAAGCACCGCGAUCCUAGACCGAGCUGGCAGUAGGCCUGGCGGCGGCGCUGGCUACAGCACUACCCACCGCACCCACCGGCCGAGUGCGAGCGUGGGCGAACUGAGACGGAUAGCCGCGGCGGCCGCGGAGAAUGACGACAGCAGU